CUCCCAGUCAGUAGUCCAGUAAGAGGUGGCGAGGGAGGUGCUUCGGCUCGUUUUAUACAUAUUAUUUCAAAAUGUCGUGGCAAAAUUACGUUGACCAGCAGCUUAUGGGCUCUGGACUUGUAGCAAAGGCGGUUAUCGCAGGUCACGACGGCACAUUAUGGGCCAAAAGUAAUAACAUCGAACCCACUCGGGAAGAACUAGUAAAACUGUCAAGUAGUUUUGCAGAUCAGGGUAAUCUUGCCAUGAGUGGCGUCCAUAUAGGCGGUGAAAAGUUCUUCUACCUCUCUGGCACUGACAAAGUUAUCCGAUGCAAGAAGGGCAAGUCCGGAAUGCACUCAAUGAAGACCUUGCAAACAAUAUUGGUAGCAGUAUUUGAGGAGCCCAUCCAACACCCCCAGGUGGCUAACGUCGUAGAGUCUCUAGGGGACUACCUAAUCUCCAUGUCUUACUGAGGUCAGUCCCUCCCCUGUGUGUCGCUCUCAUGCUCCUGCCGGUGUAACUCGAGUGUCGGAUCUGAGUCCUAAUGUCUUAUGGCUUGUUUAUUUUUUGGCUAAACUAUUUAAGAUGAUUUUUUUUAUAUAUCCUGAAUUAUAUAAGGAUGGAUAUGGUGUUGGUAUGUUAAGUGUUAUGAGUUCUGACAGUACUGCCACAUGUUUGAGAGGUAACCUAAGAAUGUGUAUGAUGUGUCCUCAGUCUAUAUGAAAUGUCACCAUCAGUGUGUAGGGAGGAUUGUGUUGCUUGCUUCAUUGUUACACGUAGAAUAAUGGAACUGUUAUUGAUUGAUGUGGCUGCCAUCUCAGUGCAGGAAAACAAAAAAAAUGGUUUAAAGUGAGGUGACUUAAGUGCAUUAGAAAAUAAGAUAGAGGAAAGUAUGGGAAGUAAAGUCGGUUCUAACUGCAAAUGGAAGACUUAAGUAUCUUAGAAUAAAGCCAUGAAGUGGUCAAGAGCACUGUACAAUCACGUCGCACACGCACACAUCUUUCUGGCAAUUAUAACUCAAAUAAGGCGAGGGAAAAGCUGCCACCUUCAGCCAGCACUUUUUGGAGCGCUGGCUGACACGGUUCAAGGUUUCUCUGCUCGCUUGAUUAGGUUGCUGAAAAAUGCAUGUGCUUGUGUGAUGUGUAAAGAGUGGAUGGAGGUGGGUGGCCUUUCUCCUCCACCACCAGUGCCCUUGACUUACUGAUGAUGAGUGUACAGGUGUAGGACUCACACCUGUCGCCAUUUCUUUGCAGUGAUGGCAGAGCUCCUGAAUAUCACAGUAUCUUCACUUUGAAGUUUGUGGCAGUGGAUGACAUGUGAUAUACCAGUGUUGACCAAUGGAGUUAUGAGUGACUGUUAUGAACCAUACAUGUUCCAUCAUAACUCUUAACUCUGUCUGAACAAAAAAGCAGCAAACUGAAAAAAAUAAAUAAUGUGGAAGCCCUUUGUUUUUGGUUAAUAACAGAUGUUGUUUGGGAGCGGCUUUGACAGUGUUGAUGUGUUGAAUCGACAUCAAGGGUUCUCAAGUGAUAUACUUUUCGCGUUUGAACACUUUUGUAUAAUAAAAUUUUUCCAUGAACAAUUUAUUAUUGAAGCUUUCUUAUGAAUUAACUUGCACUCUUUGUAAGUGAUGAUUUUGCAUCUAAUAGAGAAGUGGCUAGCCUGUGUGCAUCUGAGCAUUUAGUGGGGGAGGGAUGAUCUGCUGCUUCCUGUCCUGCCACCCUCCUCCUUCCUCGUCUUCCUGCUGUGUUUCCUCCUUCCUCCUCCUACCUCUUCGUUCCCUCCCUCCCUCCCUCCCACUCCCCUCUGCCUACUCUCACUCUGCUCUCCCCUCUCCAACACUUGUGUGAGUGUCUAGUCUCUGCUAGCCACUGAUCCUGUGUUGAACUGUAUAACUGAAUUUGUUCCUUAGAGGAAGAAAGGUUUCUACAGGUAUAACAUCACUCAAUGGGAACGAUUAAAUGGAAUAUGCAUUCCUUAUUUUCAAGUGGUAUCUUUUAUGUUGAUAUCCAACGAACUAUAUUUUCUUUUAAGGAAACUUACUCUAGCCUGUAUCUGAAUAUUGGGUCCUAAUAUCUUACUGUGCAUUUGCUCAGUCUUUUAUUUGUUUAUGCCAUUUAUUGCUAUUGAUUUGAAGGGGGAUAUUAAAGAAUCUCAAAUUUAAUUUCUUGAAAAUGGGGGAUUGAAGUCAUCAUUCAGUGAGACUAGCGAUUAUGAACCUGAAGUAAUAAAAAGUUAAAUGUGGUCAUCCUAUUAAUAAUGUUCAAAAUAUACAUCUGGUUCAGAAUUGCUGGUUUGAUCAUUUAUAACUUAAGGGCAAGCACAGUGCUGGCCCUUCAUGGUCAGUGCUGAUGCUUUAAGAGGCACAAAAUUGGACCACAUGUGCCAAGGCUUGGUGUUCUGCCGCGCUGGUAGUUACUGCUGGCGUUCAGUAUUGUACAGCUUCCAUUGCCCCCAAUAAACACUACUUAAUAA